AUGGAAAAAAUUACUCAAGCUCUUGUUGUUGACAAUGGUUCAGGUAUCGUAAAAGCAGGAUUUGCUGGGGAUGAUGCUCCUAGAGCCGUAUUUCCAAGUAUUGUUGGUGUACCAAGACACAAGGGUGUAAUGGUAGGUAUGGGUCAAAAAGAUGCUUAUGUAGGAGAUGAGGCACAAUCUAAAAGAGGAGUACUAGAACUUCAAUAUCCUAUUAGUCAUGGUAUUGUUACAAACUGGGGUGAUAUGGAAAAGAUCUGGCAUCACACUUUUUAUAAUGAAUUAAGGGUUUCACCAGAGGAACACCCAAUUUUAUUGACUGAGGCACCAUUAAAUCCUACUGCUAAUAAAGAAAAAAUGGCUCAGGUUAUGUUUGAAACUUUUAAUGCCCCUCAUUUCUAUAUUUCUAUUCAAGCUGUUUUAUCUCUUUACGCUAGUGGAAGAACUACCGGUAUUGUAUUUGACUCUGGUGAUGGUGUCUCCCAUGUGGUUCCAAUUUAUGAAGGAUAUUCAUUACCUAUGGCAAUAAGAAGGCUUAAUUUGGCUGGUAGAGAUUUGACUGAGUACUUACAAGUUAUUUUAACAGAGAGUGGAAAUAGCUUUAGUACUACUGCUGAAAAAGAAAUUGUAAGAGAUAUUAAAGAAAAAUUAUGUUAUGUGUCUGCUGAUUAUGAAGAGGAUGUUAAGAAUAAUAGCCUUCUUUCUAGUAUUACUAAAAAUUACGAAAUGCCUGAUGGGCAAAUUAUUUCUAUUGGAAAUGAAAGGUUUAGAGCACCAGAAUUAUUGUUUAAACCACACUUAAGAGGUUUAGAAUUAACAAGUAUUCAUGCUACUAUCUUUGAUUCUAUCAAAGCCUGUGAUGUGGAUAUUAGAAAAGAUUUAUAUGCUAAUAUUGUGUUAAGUGGAGGAACAACUUUGUUCCCAGGUAUUAAUGUUAGAUUAGAUAGGGAAAUCAGAAACUUGGCACCAAGCUCAGUUAAAAUUAAUGUUGUAACACCUGCUGAAAGAAAAUACAGUGUAUGGAUUGGUGGAUCAAUUGUUGCUUCACUUUCAACAUUCCAAGAAAUGUGGGUAUCUAAACAAGAUUAUCAAGAAUAUGGACCACCUAUUGUCAACAGAAAAUGCUUUUAA